AGCCACGGUAACAAGAACCACAACCCCCACCUCCACCGCGCAGCUUGCGCCUCCCGCCCUCCCCCCUGCCGCCGUCAGAGUCUCUCCGAGGGCUGCUCUCGGGCGGAUAACACAGUUCCAGCGAUGCCGCCGGCAGGAUUAGGACAAGAGGCAGGACAUGAGCUGGGAAGAAGGAGCAGAGGGAAAAGCCACAUCCCCGCCUCCAAGGAUUUCCUACCGCCACCGCCGAGAGGGCAAAACAUGGAGGAAGGAAGAAUUUUACUGGGGGAGGGAUCUCAGGGAGUGAACAGGAGCCCGUGUGCCCGUCUCCUGCCGUACACGCGAAGCUAUGAAGCAGGGACAGAGGCAGAAAGAGCUCCUUCAGGCAGGACUGGGAUCUGAGCUCGCACAAAUCGCUCCCCGGUGGACUCGUCCCAGGUUUCUGCCCUUUCCCAUCCCUUUUCUCGGCUCUAAGGGGGAAGCCCCGGAGCUCAGGGCCCGCCGGCGAUGAGCCACAUCUACGGCAGCCACCUCUCCCCCAUGGGCAGCCCCUCCAUGCUCUAUCUCCCAGCUGCCUUGAGCUUCGCCCCCGGCGGUGCCAUUUCCCGGCAGGACCCCCCGCAGAAACCCCCUUACAGCUACAUCGCCCUCAUCGCCAUGGCCAUCAAAGAAGCUCCGGAGCAGAAGGUGACCCUCAGCGGCAUCUACCAGUUCAUCAUGGACCGCUUCCCCUUCUACCACGACAACAAGCAGGGCUGGCAGAACAGCAUCCGUCACAACUUGUCCCUCAACGACUGCUUCGUCAAGGUGCCGAGGGAGAAGGGACGGCCCGGUAAGGGCAGCUACUGGACCUUGGACCCUCGUUGCCUGGACAUGUUCGAGAACGGCAACUACCGCCGGAGGAAGAGGAAGCCCAAAGCCCCGGGGCCACCGGAGGUGAAGAACAGCAUUGCCCCCGCAGACGGGGAGCACCCGGGGCCGGACGCUCUCCCCGACGAGCCCAAAAGGGCCAAGGGAAGCACUGGGGAGGACUCGGGCGAUGGGGGGGUUCCCAAACCGGGUGAGAAAGGGGAAGCGGCUCCCCUCGGGUGUCCAACCCCCUGUGGCGUUGCUCCGGCUCCCCCCACAGCCGCCGCCGUCCCGUCGCACAAGAGCGGCCCGCGGGGCAGGAGCUUCAGCAUCGAGAGCAUCCUCGCUCAGGGGCUGAGGCAGAACCCCGCCGGGGCAGCCCCUAAGGCGGCCCGGGAGAGCCCCGUGAGCUGCCUCAGUGGUUCCCUGGUCGCCAGUGGUGGCUUCGGCCCGUCCCUCAACGCCUCCCUGAUGCUCGACUCCCAGGUACAUGGGAGGCUUUACCACAUCGGCAUCCCGUUCCUCUCCUGCUUCCCUCUCCACUUCUCCGAGGCUGUACUUAAUUUCCAAUAGUUGCCCCAUAAUUAUAACCUUCCCUUCCGUCCCGUCUCUGGUCGCUGCUCCCGGGAUGCCGAUGGGAGGGAGAGACCGGACUCAGACCUCACCAAGCGGGUAAAGACCAAAACAAAUAAUCAAUGCUCAAAGGAGACUCAGGAUUUCAGAGCAUUUCCAAGGCACGGCUUGCUGUGGAGCUCUACUUACAGAUUGUCUCCCAUACCCCCCAACCCCACCAGAUCGACUUUUAAAGGUAAAUCAGUUUUCUUUUCCCAUGAGUGGUAGAGGUCCAGAGGCAGCGUUGUGGGGGUGUGAUGUCUCACACUGGCCUCUGAGUCCUGUUGGGUUUGCUCUGCACCUUUGUCUUUGCAUCACCCAGGUUCCUCAGACCUGGUUUAUGUGGAACUGUUCAGCUCUUUGGUUCUCUUCUUUUUCAUCCUUUCUGAAAACCAAACUCACUCCUCCCAUCCCUGGGGGAGGAGGCUGAGGUUUGUUUUGCCAUUAAUACCAUGCAGAUAAUAACUCCUGACAUUAUCUCAAGUGCUCCAGCCUUCCUAGUGGGCAAAAAGCAGGCAACUAGAGCCAAAAUGAGGGCAGACCCAACAAUCCAGGCUCAUGCUACACAAUCCCCCUUUGCUUCAACUCAGCAUUAUAUAUAACUCACGACAACCUGGUUUCCUGCCUAAUGCUUGUGCUUCUCAGUAUCACGUUUAGUGCUUGUGCCUCACUGAUGUGGCCAGAGGGAAGGGGAUGGGCAAGCAAACAUGUUGUGACCAUGGAGAUGCAGCUGCUUUCCAGGGCUUGCUGGGGUCAGUUGCUUCUGACCAAAAAAGACUGAAGCAGGGUGAUGGAGGCUGGUCUUGGCCUUUUGAAGUAGCUGUGUUAACAACCAGGACAAUUACCAGGAAAAAAACCAAGAAGACAUCAGCUGUGUUUCUAAAGGUUUGAUUUGUUUUUUCUUAUAGAAGGAAAAAUCCAGACA